UGAACCGUCUCUGCCGUUACGUCAUGACGUGUCUAGUGCUCAGGAAGCGGGGAGGCCCCGAGUGGCCAGCUGCGGAACCGGAGACCGGGGCCCUUGAGUAAAGGUCCCGGGUACGGUGACAGGGGGCACGUGCGGAACGUGCAGUCGGAGUCUAUCGGGUCAAAGGUCACCGGCUCCGGAGGGGGGUCAAAGGUCACUGCCGGUGUCGCUGAAGGAACUGCAGCCUCCCGGGAGGGUCAGGUGGGGGCAGCCCGGGGGAGGCUUGAGCGGAGUCCGCCCCAUGUCAGUGGUACCUGAGGGCCAGAACGUGGGCUGGAUACAGGACACCUAGACGUGUUUAGUCUCUGUGAGGAGGCUCCCUGCUCCGGCCUGGUGUCAUGGAGGGCAUGGAUGUGGACCUGGAUCAGGAACUCAUGCAGAAGUUCAGCUGUCUGGGAACCACCGAUAAAGAUGUGCUCAUCUCUGAAUUCCAGAGGCUACUGGGCUUUCAACUCAAUCCUGCGGGCUGUGCGUUCUUCCUGGACAUGACCAACUGGAACCUGCAGGCAGCAAUCGGAGCAUAUUAUGACUUUGAGAGUCCAAAUGUCAACAUCCCUUGCAUGUCUUUUGUAGAAGAUGUAACCAUUGGUGAAGGCGAGUCUGUUCCCCCAGACACCCAGUUUACGAAAACUUGGAGGGUUCAAAACACAGGAUCUGAAGCAUGGCCCCCGGGUGUAUGUCUGCGGUAUGUGGGAGGCGAUCAGUUUGGCCAUGUGAAUAUGGUAUUGGUGCGUUCUUUAGACACGCAGGAAAUUACAGAUGUCAGUGUGCCAAUGUGCAGCCCUAAUCAGCCUGGCAUGUACCAGGGUCAGUGGAGAAUGUGUACGGCUACUGGCUUGUAUUUCGGAGAUGUCAUCUGGGUUAUUCUGAGCGUGGAAGCUGGUGGCCUCCUGGGUGUUACCCAGCAACUCUCUUCUUUCGACACGGAGUUCAACACUCAGCCUCAUCGCAACGUAAGUGGUGACUACAACCCUUUUGCAUCACCGCAGAAGAAUCGUUCCCCAGAAGGGGAAAACAUGGGCACCUGGCCUGAAACAGAGACUCCUGAAAAAGAACAGAAUGGACUAUCUCAGACCUCUGUAAAUAUAUGUGCAACGGAUCGUCCAGCAAGCCAUUCUGUAGCAACGUAUAGAGAGGUGAGGUGCUGUAGUGUGCCACUGGAUCAAAGAGAAUUUAAAGGAUCUCCUGUAUGAAAGUGAAAAGAGUAUGCAUGGGCCUUAUCCCUUUGGAGAAUCCUAAAAGCAGCUUUAUUCUUGUCCCAUGCCUUGUGUGCUUUUCCCACUCCAUGAAAUAGGACAUCUUCUGCAAGUUACCUACUGAAGAUCACUUGGGGAAUAAUGGUGUUGGUGACCCUGAUAAUUAUACUCCGGGUGCUGCCUUUUCUUGCUCCUUUUUAAGAGAUGUUUCCAUUUUUUCAUUUUUUUUUUCCACAACCUUUACACGCCAGCUAAGAAUAGACAGCAAGAACAUGGAUACAAAUGUUAAUAUGUAGAAUUUGUGUUUUUUCACUUAAAAGCCAUGCUUUCCAAUUUGAUAUGAAGCUGCAAAUCGUUUCAUGUUUAAAAACCUAAACCACAAUCUUGUGCGAUUUUUCAAAUGCAGCCUAAAAUCCAAAUUUAGAUAAAAAGUUGCUAAAAUGUUAUUUCUCUUUAAUUGCUAGAGUGCUUGGUUUAGUUUUCUGAUUACUCUUUAAAUCAAUGGCAGCCGUUUUUUGCAGAAGUAAAUGUUAUCAGAGUUUUUUUUCCUUUUUGUAGGGGGAGGUUGCAAAGAUGUAUUCUGCUUAUGCUUUGUUAAAAAAAAUACCCAUAAUGUUUAGUAGAUUUCCAGCUUACAAAUAGUGUUCCAUGAUACUAUAGGUAAGGUUCUGGCCCAAGCUUUUCUUUUCUGGAGGAGUUGCCUGUGAAAAAAUAGUUAGGUUUAUACGUGUUCAAUCAAGGCAAGGCAUAUCUGCUAACCUGCUUAAAUAGGCUAUACCAUUUUAGGGAGAGUGUUUUUCUUGUCUUAAUAUUCAAAGCAACUAGAGUAGGUGUUAUCAUUCUAAAGCAUUCGAGUGAUACGAAAGAAAAAAAGUAAAAGGCAAUAGCACAAGAUAAAGAAUCCUGGUAUAAAUGGCUGCAUGUGCCUACAUACAGAUAAUAAACAUAUACUGCUGAAAGUAUAUAUGUUGUAGUUGAUUAGAAAAUAUUUAAAACUGCUUAUUAAUUGGUAAUUAUGAAUGAAAAAAAAAAA